AUGCCUCCUGCGCGCACUCUCACCUCGACGGUCUCGCUCGUGUUCUCCUCCCAGCUCCGCGCCCGGCAGAUUUACAGGCACCCGGCGUUCAGGUUCAGGAUGGCGAGCUCGUCUGCGUUUGGCUUGAAGGAGGCGUCACUGGUGCGCUCGCAGGGCUUCAUUGACGGCAAGUGGGUGGAUGCGAAGGACGGUGGGGUGAUCAAAGUCACGAACCCCGCGACGACCGAGGAGCUGGGGACGGUCCCCGAGAUGGGCCUCGCGGAGACGAAGGAGGCUAUCGAUGCCGCGGCGAAGGCGUUCAAGACCUGGAGCAAGACGACUGCCAACCAACGACACGACAUCUUGAUUAAGCUGUAUGCGCUCAUGAAGGAGCACUCGGACGACCUUGCGCGCAUGAUUACUCUGGAGAAUGGAAAGCCUCUUGCAGAAGCGAUGGGAGAGCACCUGUACAGCGCUUCGUUCAUCGAGUGGUUCGCUGAGGAGGCCGUCCGAACAUAUGGCGAGCAAAUCCCCUCCCCAUUCCCCGGUGUUCGAAACAUUGUCAUCAAGCAGCCCGUCGGCGUGGUUUCUAUCCUCACCCCUUGGAACUUCCCCUCGGCUAUGAUCACCCGCAAACUUGGUGCUGCUCUCGCAGCAGGCUGCACCGCCGUCAUCAAGCCCCCUCCCGAGACGCCCUUCUCCGCCCUCGCCCUCGCCGAACUCGCGACACGCGCCGGCGUCCCUCCCGGGGUAAUCAACAUCGUGACGACGCAGUCGAACGUGCGCGAUGUCGGGCGCGAGAUGUGCGAGAGCCCGAUCGUGCAGAAGGUGUCGUUCACGGGCAGUACGCCCGUCGCGAAGAUGCUCGCGCAGAUGGCGGCGGGCACGCUGAAAAAGGUGUCGAUCGAGGCGGGCGGGAACGCGCCGUUCAUCGUCUUUGACGACGCCGACAUUGACGCCGCUGUUGAAGGCGUGAUCGUAUGCAAGUUCCGUGGCACCGGGCAGACCUGCGUCUGCGCGAACCGCAUAUUUGUGCAGUCCUCUGUCUACGCCGAGUUCGCCUCUCGCCUCGCCGAGCGCGUCGCUGCCUUCAAGGUCGGCAACGGCCUCGAUAAAGAGACCACACACGGCCCCCUGAUCCACGACCGCGCGGUCGACAAGGUCGAGGCGCACGUCGAGGACGCCCUCGCGAACGGCGCGCAGGUCCUCCUCGGCGGCAAGCGCAUCCCCGGCGCGGGCUCGUUCUUCGCCCCCACCGUGCUCUCCGACGUCCCCGCCGACGCGCUCGUGAACCGCGAGGAGACGUUCGGGCCGCUCGCCGCGCUCACCCGGUUCGAGACCGAGGAGGAGGUCGUCGCGAUGGCGAACAACACCGCGGUCGGGCUCGCCGGCUACUUCUUCUCGCGCGACGUCGGCCGGGUGUGGCGCGUGGCGGAGGCGCUGGAGGUCGGGAUGGUCGGCGCGAACACGGGCGUGAUCAGCCAGGCGGUCAUUCCGUUUGGGGGCGUCAAGGAGAGCGGGCUCGGACGCGAGGGCGGGCAUGGAAUCAGCGAAUACAUGAAUGAGAAGCUGAUUGCAUUCGGAGGGCUCUGA